AUGGAUCUCUCCCAGUCGUCGCCCGGCGGCUUUCUCCCCCGUCGUUCCUAUCCAGCUCUGAAUCAUAUUUCCCUGGCUCCAUUGGCGCCUCGAUUCCCCGUUGACGAUGACGAAGAGGAGAACAACAAUGAAUCGACAGAUUAUUUUACCGCACGGAAUAACAAUGAAGACAAUCAGCCCUCCUACAUCGCCCACGAGGUCACAGCCAGGACCUCGUAUCUCUCCAGCUUCUCCGUCCCAGGGACUCCAGGGGUGUUGUCCCAGUCCCGGAGCGGGUCGCGUGUGCGUCACCACCAGCGCAGCAAGAGCUCCAGUCAUAUGAAUCUGAGCGACACGAAUCUGCACGGUCAAGGGGCGGCGGAGGUGCGACCCUUCCAUCAUGGUGGGGACCGAGACCAGCGAGCGGCGAAACAGCUCUCCGGGUCCUCUCGUCGUCGGCCACCCCAGUUGAGUAGUGGUGGUGGUAGUCGCCUGGAUACGGAAUGGAUGCUCCGUGCCGGGAUUGCACUGGCUUCAUCUACUCGGGAGGAAAAAGGCCAGAGCUGGCUGGCGAAACGGGAGAGCUCAACGAGUCUCGUCUCGGAAGGGGACUACGAUGUGGAAGGUCUAGAGCAGCAUGGCAGAGUGGGUAAAAGAAAGACGAAAUCUGGACGGUCGACCCCGGCUAUGCAUUCCAGACGGGGAUCGCGAAACGUUAGUCGCAGGAAUAGUCGUAUGGAUCUUGCUAUGACUAGUCUCGACACAACAACAACUGCUGCUGCUGCUGCUGCUGUGAAGCAGGGGGGCUGCAAUAAUAACGCCCACGGUACUCACAGUGCAGGAGCUAGUCCCGCGGAGGAUGUGCGGCAAUUUGUGCCGGACUUCGUAGACGAGCAUGUCCGAGCCGAAAUGGCAAUACUUCAGCAGGAUGAGGAGGGCUAUUAUUCGUCCAGUUCCGACGAGUUCUUGGAUUCCGAGGAUGAUAUGGAUGAUAUGGAUGAGCAAGAGCUGCAGCGUCUGACGCGGGAGAGAGGGUUCGGAUUGGGAAGUUGGAUCGACCGUAUGGUGGAAUGGACGUUAUUUGGGGUCGAGGAUUGGCCUCUGUUUUGGUCCAAUGAUCCAGUCGAGCGCCCGUCAAAGCAUGUUGAAAUCGCGGCCGAAAAAGCACUGACUAUCGAAGAGCGUGAAGAUAGUGCUUCUAGCCCUGGGGUAGCCGACAACGAUGAUGAUGCGUCCGUGGUAAGCGAGUGGGAAGUCAGCUCUGUGACCGAGAAACCAGGAGAACAUGGAGGCUGGGAAGAUGCAGGCUGGUUAUUCCGGACGAUGAAGCGCGUUUUAAUCUGA